UUCUUAAGUUUUCUGACAUUCCAAAUAUUUUUCUUGACUGUUGUGUUGAUGAUUUAUUUCCAAACAAAUAUUUUUAAGAAACUAUUUCGUAAAUCAAUUGGAAAUUAAAGUAAUGCAAAAAGUAAUUAACUAGAAAACAAGUAUGAGAAUGGAAAAUUUUAUUGUUUUGAAUUAGUUUUGAUUAUGUCUGCUCGAAACUAUUUAUCGGCACGGGAGAAAAAUAUAAGUAAACUAAUCGAUUGUUUGCCAAAUAUUAACCAGCAGAAAUUCGGUUAUCGUUCGGGGCAGGAGCUGCCGCCCUUGUCAGCAAAUACGAGUAGUUUUGUGAACCGAAAUUUGAAUUAUUCGUUUGAGGUCCAACCUUAUAUGGUGAACAGCCUGGAGAGGGCCGGAACACCGUUUUCAGACUUUUUCUCGGAAAGUGAGACAGGAACUCCAGAUUUCCACAGCGAAGAAAGUGACAGCAGUUCUGGUUCAGCACUGCGCCGCAGCACAGCUGAAGCUACGAAGACAUUGGCUGCAGAGUGGGAUCGCAUUGAGAGGACCCUUUACAAUGAGGAUGGGGAGAAGAGCAAUCGGCCACAGAUUGUUGACGAGUGCAAACAGUGGAGACAGCUGCACCCACAACUCAGAAUCGUCGGCAAAGCAAUACAAUUGCCCGAAAAACGUUUGUCGUACAGACAGAUGGACCACGACGAGGUCAUCGCCAUGCAUUACAGCGACUACGAGGAGUUCAGCGAGAGCGAGGAGCGGCUCUCGCAGAGCUCCACCGACGUCACGCCGCAGAACUCGCCGCGCGUCUCCAUCGAGGAUCUGGGCGAACACAGGCUGUCCCGAGAAAAGGUAUCCUUCUAUCCAAUGUAUAAUGACGAAUCCGAUUUACCCGACGCGUUCUGCUCUCUGCUCCAAAUCACACCGAUACAGAUCCAUAGCCCCUAUAGAAAACGACAGAAUCCCUCCAUUCUGAGGUCUGAGAUAGCAUCCUCCCGGUGGAUGAGGAAUCCUAGGCCUGAUUCAUCUUUAAAUUGUGAUAGAAAUAGUGCUAAGUCUUUUGUUUCGUUGGAUACUAGAAAUUAUGGAAAUAUGGCCUUGAGCGCGUCGGAAAGAAAUGUGUUAAUGAAUAAUAGAGUUGUUACUGCAAGGCAUAGAGACUUGGCCAGAUUAGAACCUAUAUGCACGCCGGAGAUACCGCAGAGCGAUGUCACUCGGCUGCCGAAUGGUAUUUCAUCUCAAUAUAACAUUAGGAAGGUCUCAUUGCCGCCUUUGCUUUUAGAAGAAGAGAAGAAAAAGGUGACUGUCGGUUCUGCUAAGAAACACAAUCUUAAAACUAGGAAGUCUGUUUCUAGAGGGACGUUUCAGUUGGACAGGGUGAAACAUAAUUGAAUACGUCAUUUCAAGAUCUAAUUAAGAUUAUAAUCAACAUCUAAUUGUGGUCGGUGAGCAUUGCUCGAAGCCUGUUACCAGCAUCGACUUUUUAAAGUUAUUAGAUAAAAGACCAAUGAAAUGAAUGUUGCUCAUUUAUGCUAACGACUUAAGUCCUAUAAAAGAUUGUGAUUUAUAAGUAGAAUUUACAGUAUUACCAUUAACGGAAUGCUAGGUAAACGUGUGUUCUAGAACUUGAUGACCAAACUUAUAGCCGUAUAUAACUGGUUGGCGCGCAUUGCUUCUUGGUCCUCGUAUGCGCACGAAUUUAACUGAAGGUAGGGUACAGACGCCACAUCCAUACUGUCAAAUUCUAUAUAUUUUUAACUUUAUUGUUUUGAUAUAAAGUAGAAAAUUCAAUGAAAAAAAUAAUUACACAAUAGCCUGCUGGCGUUUGUACCUAGUGUAUGGUUAAAAGAAAUACCUUAUCUGCUCACCUUUGAUGUGAUUGUAUAUUUAUCCAACUCGAGGGUUGGUACCUAUACUGCAGGGAAAUAAGUCAAGGUUUUAGAUCAAGUUCUGACAAUUGUUGCCUUAUGUCUGUUUCCGCUUGAAGUGUUGAAAUGAAUCUUAACUCCUUGGAGUAUUUAGUCAAUAUUUUUGAUGUGAUAAUUAGAUGGCAGACUCAGUAUUGUAUAACGUUAAAUGCACGACUUUAGCUAUGAGGUAUGUCUUAUUUAGAGCUUGUGUACUGUUUGAAGGCCACGUAUUGACACAAAAUAUUGUACAUAAAUACAAAUUUCACUAUUUUUGUAAUAAUCUCACUAGCGGGAGGUAAGUAGGAGGUUUACUUAAUUAUUAUUACUUUCUAGUCUUUUUACUAGUCUUUAGAGAGUUCAAAUGAAUUUGUGAUUCGUUCUUGUGUUGUAAAGCACUAUUUUUCGAAUGUAAAUACAUAAUUUUGUUAGUAGUUUCGGUUACUGCGAUGAAUGCUACGUCACAUUACGAAUAUAUAUUUUUUUACAAAACAUUUUUGUGGUUUUUUUUUAUUCUUACCUAAUUGUUUCCUGGUCUCUUGUUCUCCUGAAAGUUAUCUUUUUAAUUACAAAUAUUCUCAAAAAUGUAAGCGUGCUAUAAAAAUAUAAGUGAUUUUGUAAAUUAGUUAGACAGAUAAUAUAGAUUAUAAGGAUAGAAGUAAAACAAAUAUUCAAAUACAAAUACAGAAUUUAUUUUGAUAUUUACAUUAUUUGCAUUUUAUUAACAAUCAACAUCAACAAUAUUAAAUAAUUUGUUUUUGUGGUGUGAUACAUUUCGAACAGUCUGAUAACAUUACAUAGCCCGUGAGUGGACACCAUUUUGUUUAGGUAGGUGCACAAAAUGGCGGCCGGGUGCAUGGGAAAUGUAACAUCAUUGUCAUAUGGUGGUUUGUAAAUGGUUAACUAGAAGCGGUGAAACAUGGGGUUAUUAUGCUGAGAAUUUGAGCAACUGCGGAGAAAGCUGUGAGCUUGAAUUUUUUGGGUUGCCAUUUCAAAAUUUUAAACCGAUCCAAAGACUAUAAGUUUAUGAUUUUUAAUAAUUAGACGUUAUUUAGCAAAUUCAGUAUUUUUAAUUUAGAUCGAAAGGAAAAUACGCUUUUAGAUUUAGAAUUUAUUUCACUUGGCAACCCGUUGUGUCGAGGCGUCUUUCGCGCCAAGUUGAUCGAAACGUUUGGUUUUAUUUGGCACUGUGUAGGAUGCAUGUAAUAGUAAUUAUUUUGUUAGUACUGUUGGAUAUUUGUUAUGUCUGUCAUAAUAAUUAUACAAGUUCAAGUGAUCUAUAAAAAUAAGAAGCAUAUGCAUAACUACUUACUUACUCAGGAAUUUCUGUUAACUUAUGAUUUACGGAGAUAACGAUCUACCAUACUUGUUGCAUAGUAACUAUGUCAUGCAUGAAUAUACAGUGCCAAAAUAAUACAGGCCCAAUUAUCAGGGAUCAACAGCAUUUAGUUCAUAUUCAAACCG